GCUGUUAAACUUACAACAGGUACAGACACUGACGGAAGCAGCCUUAACUUGGGACACGUACACAGAAACUGCUGCACGAGAACCGGGAAAACAAGUCAGUCAUUGCCGCAGCGCCGCUGUUUGACGCGCGCUUAUAAACAAGCAUAGGGACGGAUGAAGGCAGCAUUGACGGACGGUACGCAGAACUGCUGCACGAGAAGCCAGACUGCUGCAGCCCCGCUGCUUCACUCACAACGGGUACAGGGACUCAUAGAGGCAGCCUUAACUUGGGACGGUUACGCAAACUGCUGCACGAGUAGCGGCCAAACAAGCCAGUCACUGCCGCAGCGCCGCUGUUGCACUCACAACAGGUACAGGCACUAACGGAAACGGCCUUAACUUGGGACGCUGGUAAAUCCGACUGUUCGUGCUGUAAAACGCGGGGAAAUGUACAGAGAGUGAGCUGAGACGUUACCAUUGGUUCGGGCUAAGAGAGAAGACCAAAGGGACUCAUCAAAGGAUUUCACUGUACGUCUCGGAGCGGACGCUAUAAACGUCGCCGAAGGGGAGUAUCAUCAUGGUUUCCUUACCAAGGGCCGGGAGGAUGUCUCUCAUUCUACUGUUUAUCCUGUGGAACGUGAUGAAAGUGCAGGCCGUGUCUUACCGUGCCCGUCCGGAGUCGAUGACCGUGAGGGAGGGUCAGACGGUGACGCUCAGGUGUGCCUUCAUCGGGCUGACGUCACAGAGUGUCGUCAUCUGGGAGGGGCCGCCCAACUUUAACGUCAUGUCCACGGACAGGAGGGUCGACUCGCUGUACAAGAGGCACCGCAUCACCGGAAACUCUGGAGCGGGAGAGUACAGCAUGGAGAUCGCAGAUGUGCAGGUGGCAGACGAGGGCGGCUACAGGUGUAGCACGUUAGGGCUGCAGGAAAAGGCAGAGAUGAUGCUGAACGUUAUAGUGCCAAUAAAGAAACCGCCGAAGAUCGUAGUGAGAGACACAAGCAUCUUUGCCGGCCAAUCACUAACGCUGAGCUGCAGGACAGCAGAGGGGUCGCCACUGCCUACACUGACGUGGUUCAACGGUACAACACAAGUCAAACAGAGCAAUAAAAAGUUGGCAGAGGGUGUGGCGAUGGCGAGCCUGGACCUGGUCCUGUCGGAACUCACCAGAUGGGAUGAUGGGAGAAACUUCAGCUGCAUGGCUGAUCAAGGCUACCCUCAACUAGCAGCUGCCACUGCGUCAUCGACGAUACUCAAUGUCAAAUAUUCCCCUGUUGUAAGGAUCAGGUCGCAGUCUAUCCAGGCCAGUGAAGGGGAGACGUUAGACCUGAGCUGUGACGUGGACAGCAACCCACAAGCCGCUGUGUCGUGGAGAAAACUUGGGGGAGACAUUCCAGCAAAUGCAGAAAACAGAGGCGGUACACUCCGCCUGCUGACAUUGGACAGAACUGCAGCAGGCGUGUACCAGUGCCAAGCCAACAAUGGCAUCGCCCCCAGUGGAGUCGGUUCUGCCACGUUAACUGUGCAAUAUCCCCCUCAUAUCACUUCUAACUUUAACCGCAAGACGAGUCCAUUCGUCGGACAGGAGGGUUUCUCCCUACUCUGUGAGGCAGAGGGAUAUCCGGAGCCGAGGGUGAGAUGGCGGCGGAAGGGCACAAAGCUGUACUUCGGCAACCCUCUGCAGUUCUCGAGGAUUGACUACGAUAUGGAGGGAGACUACGAGUGUGUGGCUUCUAACGGUCAAAUGAGGAAUGCUGUCAGACAAAUAUUUCUGGAUGUAAGAGGAAAGCCGUACAUCAACACGGUGAGUUUGAAAGUGUCUGUGCGGUCCGGAGACACGGCCAGACUUGUGUGUGAGAUUCUGUCCGACCCCCUUCCUGAGGAGACAAGAUGGCUGCGGCGUGGGCCCGGGCAACAGGACAAACCGGUCACGGCCAGUCAGCGACCCGGAAUCAGAGAGGAGGAAACGACGUCACCGCGAGGCGUGACGAACACCUUGGUGAUUUCUCACGUGGGCCGUUCUGACGGCGGAGUUUACGUCUGCGAGACAACCAACACGUUCGGCACCUUCCAGAGGGAGUUCCACAUGGACGUCAAAGAUACCAACACGCAGUCAGUAGUCAUCGCCUCCGUGACAGUUAUCGUCCUGCUGAUUCUGUUCGCCACGAUUUUCGUCUGCAUCGCCAAGAGGACGGGGUUGUCAACAGGAGUCAACAAGAGUCGUGAGAAGACUACCGGGUCGACCCUGACAGCUUCCCGGGCCCUCCCUCCCCUGCCCCCGUACCUGGACGCCCGGUCCUCCCCGGCCAUGGACCCGGACUGUGACAUGGACGGGCUCGAGCUGCAGGACUUUAACGGCACCCUCAAACCACGCCCUCCUCCCAGGGUGGACAAGCAACCCUACUCCAUAGGAUUAUCCUACCCAAGUUUGAUGCACCCCCUCCCUCCCUACUCCACUGUGGAGAGACAGAGGCCGGACGGAGAGGACAACAUGCUGGACUCGCCCUACCCGGAGGACCCCUGGGAAACGGAGGUUACUUAAAACACCAGAGA